UGUUACUGUUGUUUCGAUUUUCCAAAUGCUCGCUCUCUACGACGUAUUGUUUACCAGUGUGUAGUGCCGUGUUAUUUAUCGACAGACGACAAUGACUGUUUCUUGGUCUCUGUAUUUCUACAAAAUUUUUAUUUACACUUUUAAUAGGAGCUCGAGUGAAAACGGGAAAUCACGAUUUGUCAACAGAUAUGAAUAUCUUUGGUGAUUGUUUAGCUAGAGAGUUGGAUUUGGUAAAUUGAAAGGGAAAGGAUCCGUGGCGAGGACGUAAUAUCAUACAAACAGUUUAAAAACAGCAGGACAUAUGGAAGGCGGUAUUAUGGAUGGUCCUGAAGUGACUCUUAGCAGGUCCGAGGAUGAUCCUUCGCUUCAAGGAUGCUUCAGUCCAAAAAGAGCUCCGUUCAGAUUUCUGGGACUGGCUCUUAUGUGUUUCAUGGGAUUUGGUUCAUACUUUUGUUACGACAAUCCUGGAGCACUACAAGAUAAUUUUAAAAAUGACUUAAAUAUGUCAACUAAAAAAUUUGUUUUACUAUACUCGAUUUAUUCGUGGCCCAAUGUAAUUUUAUGUUUUAUCGGAGGCUUUCUCCUCGACAGCUUAUUUGGAAUAAGAUGGGGAACUAUCAUAUAUAUGUCCCUGACAUUGUUUGGGCAACUAAUUUUUGCUAUAGGUGGUUACACAAAUGUAUUUUGGUUAAUGAUGCUAGGAAGAUUUAUAUUUGGAAUCGGAGCGGAAUCGUUGGCUGUAGCUCAGAACAGCUACGCCGUACUGUGGUUCAAAGGCAAAGAACUAAAUAUGGUGUUUGGACUUCAAUUGAGUUUUGCCAGAGUAGGCUCGACAGUCAAUUUCCUAGUAAUGGAGGAUAUAUACAAUUACGUAUCAAAAACUUUAGGUUACCUUGGAGCAGAAUGUAUUGGAACGGUGUUGUUUCUCGCAACCCUCACUUGCGUCGCUUCCAUGAUUUGUACCCUUGUUUUGGGCUGUAUGGAUAGUCACGCAGAAAAAGUAUUAAGACGAAACGAAGGCGAAGAGCCCACGAUUGUUCGAUUGACGGAUGUCAAAGAUUUUAAAAAUAUAUUUUGGCUGGUCACUUGGAUCUGCGUCUCUUAUUACAUAGCGAUAUUCCCGUUUGUCUCAUUAGGAAAAGUUUAUUUCAUACGUAAAUAUGAAUUUGAGCCAGCGGUCGCUAAUACAGUGAAUUCAAUGGUCUACAGUAUUUCUGCCAUCGCAUCCCCCCUCUUUGGUAUUUUAGUUGAUAAAUCUGGAAAAAAUAUCCUCUGGCUCGUUUUAAGUAUUAUUGGUUCAUUAGUUGCACAUGGACUGCUUGCAUUUACCUACGUUAGUCCAUACGUGUGUAUGAUUCUUUUGGGACUAUCGUAUUCGAUGCUCGCAAGUAGCCUUUGGCCAUUGAUUGCUUUAAUUAUUCCUGAACAUCAGUUGGGGACCGCUUAUGGCAUUGCUCAAGCACUUCAGAAUUUAGGUCUAGCAAUAACAUCUAUAGUUUGUGGAAUUAUUGUUGAUAAUCACGGUUACUUUAUGCUCGAAAUGUUCUUCUUUACAUGGCUCUGGAUCUCGCUGAUCACUGCCAUCAUUAUCUGGAUAUCAGAUUCAAACUCCACCGGCGGUUAUCUAAACAUGUCUCCUAAGCAACGCGAGCUAUACGAAAAGAAUCCAUGUUUACCACAGAUAAUGGAAAGAGAGAAAUUAUUAUCAGGGGAUGGUUCGACUUCAGAUUUAUCUGGAGAUGAUUUGCUACAACCCCAGUCAGAUACGCGAAUGAGAAAUCGCUAUCUAACACGAAUUGGUGCCGAGACUCCAGUUCACAUAAAAGAAUUCGCUCACUGUGUCUUCCCAUUGUACAGCAUAUGUCUGUGAUGUAUUAGUAUUAUGCUAAAGAUGAAACGAGAGAAUGAGUUUUAGCGACAAUGGUGCUGUUUGCCAAAAAUGAAAUGAAAAGAAUUCACAAUUAUAUUAAAUCAAGUUCUCUACUAAAAUGUGGGUCCACAAAGACGAUUUAUGUUUUAUAUUUUAUACAUUUAAUGAUGCGAAGAAUCUCUUAUGUAUAUA